UCCGCUUUAGUGAAGUAAACAUGGCCCCUAUGAUAGCUGUCAUCUUCUUUCUUGCGGUUGCUUUUCACAGUUCUUACGUUGAUACAUCCAGUAGUCCUUAUGCAUUUGCAAGGAUUGAGGCUUGCAGCGGUUGUCGUUUGAAGCGGCUCCCAGAUGUUAGACAGUUUAUUUUCGAGGACGUGCCUAACUACAAUAAUGUCGAAUUCAAACAUAUUCCUGGUGCAGUUCCAGAACUCCUUCUUUUCAAUGAGAAUGAAGAGGAGGUAGAAAGGUUACCUUUGUUGAAACUAACUCGAGAAGAGUGCAAUGAUUUAUUAGUUUCUAAAGGUUUCACAAAAAAAGUAACAAAGGAUGAAAUAUAGGAAUGAAUGAACAAUGAAUAAGUAUCUGUAAAUUUGGGAAAUAAUUUUAUGUCUCUUAUUCUCUACUUAAUUGUAUAGUCAUGUUUAUUAUUUUAUGCAUCAAUAGUAUGUUUUAUGCUUAUUUGUAAAUAGGGCUAGGGAUUAUUCUUAUACGAUUGUUCUUUAAGAACCAAGUAAUUACAAUAACUACUUUAGAUUUAAAGUUAUACAUAUAAAGUAACAGAAGAAUACAAUAUGCAUACUUCAUAUGUAUAACUUCAUACAUUACACCCACUUAAUAGUUAUUAUUAUAAGCACCAAAUAGUAAACAAUAUAGUAACCUUUUAAUGCACCACUUGCUGUCUUUAAGUACCUCAUGUUCACAUAGAUGAGGGAGCAUUAUAUUACCUCCCUGAGGAGCUGCAAUCUGUGAUACAACUGCUAGAUCCAUAUGACAAAAUCAAUCAUUAUAGAAUGUUUGGAUUCCCUUACUAGAAAGUUUAAGUUGUCAUAUUCCAGUUAUUUCAAUUCCUUGAAAGGUAAUGAAACAUUGAUAGAUCAAUGAAAAUAGAUAUUUCUUAAAAAAUAUCAAGAGUAACUCAAAUUUUACAUUGUACACAUCAACCAAAACAAAUCAAAACAACUGUUAUGUGUAAUAGCUCCUGAUACAACUGGAACUUGUGUAGUAAGGUAUUCUGUACAUAUUCAUUUUAUUCAUAUUUUGCCCAGUAUUAUUGUUUAUUUAUUGUAAUAGAAAUUUGGAUGUAUAGAAGCACACUUAUACAAAAGAGGUAAAAAUGUGAAAAUAUCAAGAAAUAUAAAAAUUCAGAAACAAUAGCACAAAACUAUAAUAAAGUUAUGGAAUGUAUUGACUUAAAUAGGAUAGAUUGAUUUUAGUUUGUGCAAUGUAUUUACCUGUCUUUAAAAUAUUUUUAUAGUAUACAACAAUGAAAUUGUAUUACUAUAUAUGUACAUACAUCUAUAAUCUCUAAAAAAUCAUCGAAUUUAAUAUACAAUUUAGAUCAUGUUUUCUUGUUUUAACAUGGUUAUAGGAAAGGAUUUAAUUUAAAUAACGACAAUGUACCGUACUUCUACUUUAUUUUAAUAUGGUUAAUAAACUAAUAAGACAAUUUACAAUGUUUGAUUCUUAAAUUCAUGUUUAACGAAUUCAAUUAAUAUUUGUAAUACAUGACGCAUUUGAUGAGGAAAUAUUUGUUUGUAAAAUUCAGUUACUUUCAUGUAUUCAUACCACAUGGAAUGUUAAUUUCCAUUUGGUGUAGUUAAUGAAUGAUUAAAUUAAAAGUAUAAAUAAUUGGAAAGCUGCUCUUGCUGUGUUGUAUUUUAAAUAAACAGUCCAUACUGUAAUUACAUGAU